GGCGCGCAUGUGCAAAAUCGAUUGAAAAAGCUAAAGUCUCUUGUUCUGAAAAUUCAGCAAAAACAAAGUUUGACAUUUGUGGAGUAGCUUUAACUCAGUUAGGUUAAGUCGCCGAUACUGUGGACACCCUCUAAAGGCUAAAACUCAUUGAAAUAUAGGUUUUAGUAACCAAGAAAAGCAGUCUUCAUAACAUCCUUCUAGUAUCCUAUCCAAUUCUUAUCGAUUUUUGUGCUGCUUGUAAACAACCCCCAGAAAAAGUACCACAAAACCAAAGCAAAAACUGAAGACAUGGCUUAUCGUUUAAAAGCCACCAAAUGCCCCACGGACGAGCUUUCGCUAACCAAUCGAGCAAUUGUGAAUGUUGGCGACUUUCCGGAUGAAGUCAAAUAUGCUGACAUAUCGCCAGCCGCUGGUCAGCACUUCAUUUUCGCUUUGGAAAAGACCGUCGAAGUGCCCAGUGGCUAUGUGGGAUUCUCUUUGGUGCAAAGGAAGUGGGCCAUGGUGUCCAUCAACCAGGAGCUGGAGGUUCGUCCCUAUCGCUUCGAUGCCUCCUCGGAUGUCAUCACCUGUGUGUCCUUCGAAACGGAUUUUCUCCAAAAGAAAACCGUUUCCCAGGAGCCCUAUGACUCGGAUCAAAUGGCCAAGGAGUUCAUCAUGCAGUUCGCUGGCAUGGCUUUAACUGUGGGCCAAUCCCUGGUUUUCAACUUCAAGGAUAAGAAGCUCUUGGGUCUGGCUGUGAAGUCCCUGGAGGCCAUCGAUCCCAAGAGUUUGGGCGAAGGCAAGGAGCCGGCGAUGCGGAAUGUGCGUUUCGGUCGGAUUCUUGGCAAUACGGUGGUGCAGUUCGAGAAGGCCGAGAACAGUUCCCUCAAUCUGCAGGGCAAGAGCAAGGGCAAAGUCGUCCGCCAGUCGAUCAUCAAUCCCGAUUGGGACUUUGGCAAGAUGGGAAUCGGCGGUCUGGACAAGGAAUUCAAUUCGAUCUUCCGUCGGGCGUUUGCCUCGCGUGUUUCCCCGGAAUUGGUCGAGCAACUGGGUUGCAAGCACGUGAAGGGCAUCCUUUUGUACGGUCCACCGGGAACGGGUAAGACCCUGAUGGCCCGUCAAAUUGGCACCAUGUUGAAUGCCCGCGAGCCGAAGAUCGUGAAUGGACCACAGAUUCUGGACAAGUACGUGGGCGAAUCGGAAGCCAAUGUCCGGCGAUUGUUUGCUGAGGCUGAGGAGGAGGAGAAGCGCCUGGGACCGAACAGUGGUCUACAUAUCAUCAUCUUCGACGAGAUCGAUGCCAUUUGCAAGCAACGUGGCUCGGUGGCAGGAAACAGUGGUGUCCACGAUACCGUGGUGAAUCAACUGCUCACCAAAAUCGAUGGCGUGGAUCAGUUGAACAAUAUCCUCGUUAUUGGAAUGACCAAUCGCAGGGACAUGAUCGAUGAGGCGUUGCUGCGACCUGGUCGUCUCGAGGUGCAAAUGGAGAUCAGUUUGCCCAACGAACAGGGUCGCGUUCAGAUCCUGAAUAUCCACACCAAGCGGAUGAGGGAUUUCAACAAGAUUAACGAUGAUGUGGAUAACAAGGAGAUUGCGGCGCUGACCAAGAACUUCAGUGGCGCUGAAUUGGAGGGUUUGGUGCGUGCCGCUCAAUCGAGUGCCAUGAAUCGGUUGAUCAAGGCGGAUGCCAAGGUAACCGUGGACCCGGAGGCCAUGGAGAAGCUAAAGGUGAAUCGCGAUGACUUCCUGCACUCGUUGGAGAACGACAUCAAGCCGGCUUUUGGAACGGCUCAGGAAAUCCUCGACAAUAUGCUGGCACGUGGUGUGAUCAACUGGGGAACUCCGGUUAGCAAUCUUCUGGAGGACGGAAUGCUGUAUGUACAACAGGCCAAGGCUCCCGAAUCGAGUGGUCUGGUCUCCGUUUUGGUGGCUGGAGCUCCAAACUCUGGCAAGACAGCACUGGCUGCCCAAUUGGCCAAGAUGUCGGACUUCCCGUUCGUGAAGGUCUGCUCGCCGGAGGAUAUGGUUGGCUAUACUGAGUCAGCCAAGUGUCUGCACAUCCGCAAGAUCUUCGAUGACGCCUACCGCUCCACACUCAGCUGCAUUGUGGUGGACAAUGUGGAGCGUCUGCUCGACUACGGAUCCAUUGGACCGCGUUACUCCAAUAUGACGCUGCAGGCACUGCUCGUUCUGCUCAAGAAACAGCCGCCAAAGGGACGCAAGCUGCUCAUCCUGUGCACUUCGAGCAGGAGGGAGGUUCUCGAGGAGAUGGAGAUGCUGACGGCCUUCACCUCGGUGCUCCACGUGCCCAAUCUCUCGCACCCGGAACACGUUUUGGCCGUCCUCGAGCACACGGACAUCUUUAGCAAGGGAGAGGUCCAGGCCAUUGGCAAGAAGAUGGCCGGCAAGCGGGUCUUCAUCGGCAUUAAGAAGCUGUUGGGCCUGAUCGACAUGGCUAGGCAGACGGAGCCCUCGCAGAGGGCCAUCAAGUUCCUGUCCAAGAUGGAGGAGGAGGGUGGCCUGGACAUGGUGGCACGGCAGUGAGGCAUAUGAAGCUGGAUGUGCCCCAAAAAGCAGUCUCAAUUAUUAGCUUCUAAGUGAAAAUGGAUGGAGGGGCGAGAGCGAUGAAUCCGAGUACGCAUCUAAAUCAGAAGCGUUGACUCCACGUACACGUAUACACCGCAAAACUUAUACUAUAUAGACAGAUAUAUACAGAUAUAUAUAUAUAUAUAUAUAUAAAUACGAUCCAAGCUUCGCGUUGUUUGUUCGGUCCCAAGACCCAGUUGACAAGAAAAGACAAGAAUGAAAACCACAUCCACAUUCCGGAGGAGUUUCCCGUGUUUCUGAAAAACCCCACAGAGCACAAUCAAAUCUCGAAUCAGAAUCAGAUAUGUGAGACCCGUGACCUGAAGAUGAGGCAUAUGGCAUAUGACAUUAUAAUGACAUGACGGCAGAAUGGAAGCAGAUACUCAAUUACAUUUAUAAAUAUAGCACGCGUAGCUAAUAACUCGUUAAUAGCAUGAUAAUCUUUCUCGUUACCUUUUAAUUUUAGGCCUUGCUUGAGUAUAUUCCCAAAAUGUGGGAGAAAACACCAAAGUCUUGCCCCGGGCAUUGUGAACGUUGUUUAUCGGUAAUUUAACGACCUAACUAAUUAAUUAAAUAUUUACUAAAUCAAAUAUUGUUAACCGCCAAUGUUAUACGUAUAUCUUAAAUAAAGAAAACGAUCUCAAAUUCCAUCUUA